ACCUUUUCUUUGGGUAUGUCGAGUGACGAAAACACAGAGAAGAGCAAAAAUCUAGCUGGGUUGUCUGCUGAAGCAUUAGACUCUGAAACCCUAAUGACUGAUUCUGGACCUGGGUUGCUUGAUGAGGUGCCUAGGGUUUCUGGUGAUAAUGGAAAUGUGGAUACUGGUGCUAUUAGCGAGCCAGUUGUUGCUACUGAGGAGACCUCGGAAGUGGGAAAUGAUGCCGAUGGUGAUGUGGUGGAAGGUCAUGGUUCACUGGAUAAUGUGAGUGGGGGAGAGCUUGCUAGUCAAGGGGCUGAAGCAGAUCAAGGGCCUGGACAUUUGGUUGAGGAAAUGAACGGAAAGGAGAAUGUAGCUGGUGGUUCUGAUGAUGAGAUGGUUGAUGCUGUUGAUGGAGAAACUGCAGAGGAUAACUCUGGGGAAGAUACAACGAGUGUAAAACAUGUUUAUGCAGUUGGUGACUUUGUGUGGGGCAAGAUUAAGAGUCAUCCGUGGUGGCCAGGGCGUGUUUACAAUGCUUCCGCUGCCUCAGACUUUGCUAUGAAGUAUAAUCAAACAGGUCGAUUGCUAGUGGCAUACUUUGGAGAUGGGUCAUUUUCUUGGUGCCCCCCUUCGCAGUUGUUGCCUUUUGUUGACAACUUUGAAAAAAUGUCAAAACAGAGCACUUCCAAGAGUUUCUUAUAUGCUGUUGAAAAGACCUUGGAUGAAAUUAGUGUGCUUGUGGAGUUUCAAAUGACCUGCCAAUGCAUCUCUGAAGAGAGUCGUACUGGACUUUGUUGGCCAUUGGCUGUGAAUGCUGGAAUCAAAAAGGGUGUUAAAGUGCCUGUUUCAGAAACUGUCAGUCUUUUACUUUCUCAGUUUGAACCUGCGGAAAGACUUAAAGGUCUAAAACGUAACGCACUAACCAAUUCUAAUUCCAAUAUACUUGAGUUUGCUGUCUUGAAGAGUUGGCUAUCUGCUUUUUAUCGUGCUAAGUAUGGACACCCUUUGGCUUCAUAUUGUGAACCCCUGCUAGUUGAAGGCCUUGAGGACAAGAAGGAAGAUCAAGUCAUUGAUGCAAAUGACUUCAGCAUACCCAUUGAGGUUCCUAUUCAGGGUCCAUCAGAAGAAGAAAUUCCUAAUUCUGGAUCUUCAAAGUUUCCUAUGACUGCUUGCGACAAGAUUUAUCAGAAGAGGAAGCAGAAAAGUGUGGCUGAACUUAUGGGAGAGAACGCCAAGCCCAAAGGUAAGAAGACAACUGAAGACGAUUCUACACCUUCGUCUAUAGAAACAUCCGAGAAGAAAAGGAAGAAGUCUGGUGAGAAAGCCAAAGGUCACACUGGCAGCUCGAAGAGUGUUGAUGAAAAAAUUGGUAAGAGGGUCAGCAAGAAGUCUGGUGACAGUGACUUGGUGAAAACAAAGAAACUUAGUGUUUCAAUUCCUGAGCGUGAUGAACUUGGCGACCAGCAAGACAUGAAUGCGGGCCCUUUAUCAAGGGAAAGAAAGAAGAGCAAGUAUUUGUCACCUCCUUAUACAAGCCCUAAGUGGAAGGCAGGAAAAUCAAGCUUUAAGAGAGAACUGGAAAUAGAAUCUCAGAAAUUUUCUGAUAUUUCCAAGAUUGGUGAGAGGAUGACAAAGGCUGCUCGUCUUCUUUUGUCUUCUCCUGAUGCAAAUGGGAAUGAGGCUUUCAAGGAUGACAUUGACAAGAGUUCUCGGAUCAGAAAGCGAAGCUCUAAGACUUUUGAUACCAUGGCUAUCAAUUCAUCUGUGGAUGAAGUACUGUCCGAGGUUCAGUCUACUGCUCUAAACCCUCUUUUAUUGAGGAAUGAAUCUCUUGAGAAGGCCAGAGGUUUCAUUUCCACUUUCAGAAACUCAGUAUAUUUUGAUGGAUCAAACUACAAGCAGUAUCACCAAGUGGAAACAGGAAAGAAGAGAAAAUCUGUGGGAUCAGGAAAUGUAAUUUCCCAGAGUGAUUCUAAAUCACCAGACUCCGUUCGUUCAAAGAAGAGGAAGACAAAUCAUGCGAAAUCAGAAGUUACCAAACUCAAAAAAGAAUCUGGUCCUUCUAGUCAGGGAAAAGAAGAUGAGGAUGAUGGUAGAGAAGCUUCAUCUGUGAUUCUGUUGGUGACAUUUUUAACUGGUUUUUCUUUGCCAUCAGAGGAUGAAAUCAUUCGACUAUAUAACAAGUUUGGAGAGCUGAAUGAAGAGGAAACAAAAGUGCUAUGUGAUUUGAACUCUGUUCGAAUUGUCUACAGGCGUGGUUCAGAUGCUGCACAGGCCUUCAAAGAAUCAGUAAGGCAAAGUCCUUUUGGUGCUGCUAAUGUGAACUUUACGCUCAGCUAUUCCUCCAAAUCUGAGAGUCCACUAUCCUCGCUGAAAGCUCGUAAGGGGAAGUCACAGGUACAACUAAUCAAGCAGAAGCUGAAGGGGAUGGCAUCAAUAUUGGAUAAGUGUAAGGAUAAGAUUACAAGCGAGGAGAAAUCAGAGUUGGAGAAUGAGAUAAAAGGCUUGCUGGAGAAGGUAAGUGCAGUGACUUCAACAAACACAUAGGGGAUCCCUGAAGCUGGUUGCUUCAACUUGAUGUGUUCUCCUUUUGUUGAUAGUGUUAGUAUAUUGUCCAGCUUAUGUUGAUUAGGAUACUGAGUGCAACUUGUAUUAGGUUCAUGUAUGAAGUAGGAGCAUAGGAUGCUAGCUCUGUACAAUUGAUUUGCUCAAGUUAUUAUAAAGUUGCAAUUACUUUGAUUAGUUU